CGCGGCGGGCGGGGCGCGGUGCUAGUCUAGAACAGCGUGCUGUCAUAUUCACGCGCCGGUGUUCCGAUCGCACCGUUCGUGAACGGUCGUUUCGGGUAGCGAUCGUCGCCAGCACACUAAUAUUCCCAGUGCAUUUGGUGACGGCAGAGUGGCGCGUCCGAUCUGGUCCAAAUUGCUGUGCGUACAUCAGGAAGCGGGAUCGACGCCACGCAUUGUCGUACACGUGAUAUACGUGCAAUACGCGUAUAAUAAAUAAUACCUAAUACAAGAGGUGCUGAACACUACUACGGUAUUUUCGAGUUGACAAUAUUAUUGGUGCUGGACAUCAUCGGUAAGCAUUAUACCCACCGAUCGGUAUGCCGACGACGGAGAUGAUCGUGUACAAGACGUGCAUCAUGUCCGUCUUGGGUUUCGGAUCGUUUAUGUUGGGCGUCUUGCCCAUGAAACUUACCGAAUGGUGUGGAAAAUGGUCGGCCACUAGUGCCACCGCUGACAUCAUGGCGAUGCCGACGACAUCGCCAGCACGCAGCCAUUCGCGUCAUUCGGAUCACGACGGCGGUGACCCGAACAACGCCGGGUCACGGGUAAAGUCGCUGUUGCUGUGCUUCGGCGGUGGCGUGUUGCUGUUCACCACGCUUUUGCACCUGCAGCCCGAAGUCCGUGAAGGCGUCAAACGGUUGCAGACGGCCGGAAAGCUGCCCACGGGCCAAGGCACCGAACACUUGGGCGACAUGAUAUUCUGCGCCGGGUUUUUCUUGGUGUUUCUCGUGGACGAGAUCGUGCACUUGGUAGUGGAUCGGUACCUGGCCAUUAACGUUGACCAAAGCUCGGCCGAAGACGUGCUACACCGGUCUAUGAGCCUGCGCCGACGGACCAUAUCAUCCAUGUCGCAUUCUUACGCGAUAAACGAAUCGCCAAACUCGACACUCGAAUUCAAAAACGGCGCCGUCAAGUCCUCGGUCAGCAUCAAGGAGCUGUUCAACAAUGCCGGCAAGGAGAAGCGAUACCAGACGACGCAUACGAUGGCUGCGUUGGGCGACGAUCUGAGCCACAGUGACCAGCCGUUCCAGCACGUACAGUUGAGCUGCGGCGAUGAUGCUGAAGAACAGAUGGACCUGCGGGGCAGCGAGGACUUCCAUCGCAAUCAUGACGAACACUCGUUCCACUGCCUGUUGACCGUGAUUGCGCUGUCAUUCCACGAAAUUUUCGAGGGCAUAGCCAUCGGUCUGGAGAAGUGCGUCGAUAAAAUUUGGUAUUUGCCCAUCGCCGUGGCCACCCACAAGCUGGUCAUCGCCUUCUGCAUCGGCUUGGAACUCGCUUAUUCCAAGACCCGGAGAUCGGUGAUCGUCUUGUGCGUGGCCACGUUCGCCGUCGUCACGCCCGUGGGUAUCUUCAUCGGCAUGGUGCUCAGUCAGUUCGACAGCGACGAACAGUCCAGCUCCUCCGGACGAGUAGCUAUCACCCUGCAGGGGCUGGCCGGAGGUACUCUUUUGUACGUCGUUUUUUUCGAAGUACUGGCCAGACACAAACAGCCAGGAUUCUCGCACGUAUUUGCCAUAAUGUUUGGGUUCUGCGUUCUAUUCGUAUUACAAGUACUGAGUGAGUAUAUUUUUAGUUUUUUAUGAGUACUUACUUAACCUCAUAUAACCUUUUAAGAAUACGGAAAGUUUGGAAGGUAUAGAAUAUAAUAUGAUUAAGUGUAUGCAAUAAAAACAAAGCUAAAUCGUUGCAUACAAAAAAUCGAUUCUGAGCGAAGUUCUGUUAUGUUUUUUCCACGUGUAUCCGAGGUAAGCCUUCAAAAAUUGACAAAAAUAUAACUAAGAUAUAUAUAUACAUUUGAUACUAGUUAAUUAAAUUUAUUUUUUUUUAAAAAACUGUUAAGAAUUUAAAAAAUGUUUACAAAUCAAAAUUCGCAAAAAAUCGGUAAAAAAAAUCGCACUUUUAAAAAUACGACAUAAAAAAUGUAGAACAAUUUUUUUACUAACUGAAAACAUUUUUCUUAAGAUAAAAACCAAAACAAGAACCUAUAUCUGGAGGGUGAAUUGUUUUUAAAUUCUCUUCCCAAAAAAAUUUAGGGAAGUAUAUCGGUAAUUCACAUAUUUUAAAGUACUGCAUAAGAAAAUUGGAGCGUUGUACUUAAUAAAAAAGGGUUUAAAAAAUGUUUGUUGAAAAAUUAAUAAGAAUUUUGAAAACAAAUUUCAAAUAAAUAAAUGAAUAUUACAUAAAAAAAACACUUUAGUAAAACUAAUAAAUUCUUCUAUACAUUCAUAUUUUAAAAAGAGCUGAUACUAGACACGCACGUGCCACUGAUAACAGUAACACGCGUCCAUCUAUAAAGAUGGGAAUUUGGGAAGGUAGGAUACAUAAAGUGUUUUAAUUUAUACUUGUAAGCAAAAAUAAAUCAUUGUCAACGGAACAAGAUUUAGAGCGAAGUUCGUUUUUACACGAUCUUUCGAUCAUUCGCUUCACUCCGAAUCUAAAAAACGAAAAAAAACCUAUACCAAAGACUAAAUACAAACAGAUAAAUAAAAAUGGUACGAUGGGGUUGGUAUCUAUUCUUAUAAUCUUUAAUGUGGUAUAUUAAAUUAUAAAUACCCACCACUAUAGUGGCUUGACAUAAUUUAUUUCAUGAGUCCCGUUAAGAUUUUAUUUAUUAUUAUACUAAUCUAUUGCUAAUCUAACCUAUAGUUUGAAAACCUAUCUAAUCAUCUACAUUCCACUAUCAAGUCCUACACUCCUGUACCAUUAUACCAAUACCCACACAUCCACCCACUGACUUGGGUUCCGGGACUCAAAAAACUGCGUAUGUGAAUAUACCUUAUAUUAUAUAAUGUCGGUGCCAAUAUUAUAAUAAUAUUAUUUUAAUUAUUUUACGAGGUUGAAACAAUAUUGUUUCGUUUUUAACCUGCGUCUAAGUCAAGAGUUCAACAUUUUACGUUUCGAUAAAAUAUAUACAUAAAAGCUGAUAGUCAUAGGUAUAUACAAGAAACAUUAAAAUAAACAGAAAUAAAACAACAUAAUAUAUGUAUAGGCACUUGUAAAUUCUAUAUUGAAUAGUAUACCAUAUCGUUUUAUUUUUAUAAAAAUCUCAAUUCGUCGAUUCUCUCUAUAAUAGUGCCUACACAUAGUGCCCAUACAUUUUAAUGUAUGUGAACAAUUUUUUUAUGCAUUUUUUAAAAUGUAUUUAAUAAAAAAAAUCACCUGGAAGGCUUUUUUUUAUAUAGAAUUUCUGAUCUAGUGACUGUAUCGAGAGGUCAAUUUGAUUUCCCCUGCCAUUUAUUAACAAUCGGAAAAACCGGGAAAAACGGACAAAAUACGCCAAUAAAAGAUUAAUUUAUCAAAUUUUUUUCUCCUAGACAUUUUUCUCUAAAUUUCAAAGUAGGUAGAUUAGGUACAUCCUUAGUAGGCCUGGUACAUUUUCUGAAAGAAAAUGUUGUCUAGUUAGUGCAUAAUUAGGACGUAGUAUUUUGAUUUAUCUAAUAGUUUCAUUGUUAUCGAUUUCGGUUUUUGUUAUAAAUUGUAAUUUGGUUAAAAAUAAGUCGCAUUGCUUUAAUAAGCUCUUCCUGAGUGUGUUAAAAUGUUGAAAAAAUAAUGAAAAUUUGUAUGCAACCUAUUGGUAUUUUAAAUUAUUUUUUAGUUAUUAUAUGGUUUAAUAUGAGUGAAAUUAUUUUGGCCAAUCAGAAAUUCAUUCAUCGUGAAGUUCAUCAUAAGUUUUACUAAAGAGAAUUUGGACGCAAUGUAGUAGUUUUUUAUAUGAGCUUUUUAAGAGGUUAACUUCUGUCAGAACCGUAAUUCGUUAGUAAUGAUUUAUAUAGUUAUGCACAGAUAUAAAAUAAAUAAUUAUAUAUGUAUCUUACCUUUUCAACUUUCCAUUUACAAUAGUAACACAUCCAUCAGCAGUAAAACAGUAUCAGCUAGUAAUGAGUGGUUUAAUUGCUUAUAAGCCGUCUAUGUAUUUUCUCUAACCAAGUAUUUCGAUAGUUAACAAAACUAAAUCAUAAAAAGACGGACAUACUUCGCACAAUAGGUGGGCAAUUGUUGAAGAUGAGAAGUUAGAAAUGUAGGAUAUAAAGGGGAAAUUAAUAUACAUAUUUACGCGAAGAUUAAUCAUUGCUAACAAAAAACGGUUCUGAACGGAGUUCGGUUAUACCUUAUAUGUAUUUUAAAAGGCCAUAAUAUUUACAAUUUUCGUCAAAAUUUAAAAUAAAACAUGCUUAUGAACAAAAAAAAAUAUGACAUUAAAGUUAACUUUUUAUAAAUAUUAUAAAGAACCUCCUGUUAAAUUUUCAAGCGCUUCUAUUUGAACUGACAAUUCUAUCCACAGAAUACAUUUCAAAUAAAAAUUAUGUAAAAAAAAACUUGUCAUAUUAAAAUGCCUAUAAAAAGCUCAAAAAAAGCCUUAAAUGGUUUUAAAAUUUUACCACGUCUAGAAACGGCAAACAUGAAUUUUCUAUCAAUAUUUACAGUCUCUAAGAAUAUUUUCAACUGCAGUACAACAAAAAAACAAAUUGAAAAUAAUAAAAACCUUAUUUUCGUUAAUUAUUCGGUUUUUCCCACGUUUUUUCCAAAUUAUUUUGAAACAACAAAGAAAAUCAAAAAAUUACUUUCUUAAAGUAUCAUUCCAGGAAAAUAUAAUUUCAGAAAAAGUGCUACACUAGAAAAUCAGAGCAAAAUUUCUGGUAGAAUUUUCGUCACAGUAUAAAAAAAAAAAAAAAUAAUAAACAGCAAUGUUAAACCAAUACAUUCCUUGCUUCGAUCAGAAAUUAAAACAAACAAAAUUAAACACUGGAACUAUUGGCACAGGUAGGGGGAUUUAGGCACCCCCUUGAAAACAUUUGUGAUAUUUAAACCUAUGGGUUCAUCAAAUUGUUUUUAAAUCCAUUUCGAACCGACAAGAACCACUCGAGCUAUAAUAGUCUUGCCUAUUAAUAUUGAGAAAUCAGAUUUUUUCCAUGGGAAAAGGAAAACUCGUUGUGGAACUUGAAUUGUUUUGGAGCAUCAGGGAGCAAUACAACUCCGAUACUAUAUGAGUUGGAUUACUCCCCAGGCCCAUACCUACGGAAGACAAAAGGAGAAUUCCCCCUUUCUUGACCUAAUCGUUGCCCUCCAACAAGUUAUAAAUGUGUAUAUGUAGUUAUAUGUUAUGGUCUAGUAGGCGAGGUCCCCCUAAAAUUUGGUUUGCCCCACCUGAUGAUUUGGUCUGUUGCCCCUAUUAUUUAUUUCAGUAAUAUUCUUUGUAAAACAAUAAAAAUGAUAAUAAUAUAAAAUAACUACUUAUGAAUAACAAUAUUAUUAUACUACUUUCAAAAAAAUGGUGAAAUUUGAUUAAAAAAUCAUAAGUGGGUUAGUUAAAAAAUGAAACAUGUAAUGAAUUGUGUGGAUGUAAUGAAUCAUAUAUUGAAAUGCAUAUUUCAUCUAUCUUACUUAUUUGAAGAAUCUGUAGCGAACAAUAACAUUCUACUUCCGCGAAAAUGUAUUGUAAUGUUUAACCAAACUUAUAUCACUUUUAUCUGCCUAUAAAAUAAUUCUAAUAUUCAUGAGUUUAAGCACAUUAGGUCCAGAAGAAGCUACUAAAAUUGUCAAAAAGUAACAGGACAAAGAUACAGUACUAAUUAUAGACUCUGAUUUCAAGGAAAAUUCAACAGAAACAAAUUUUAAUUUUGUUUUAAAACCUGGUAAUUUAUGUGUUUUAAUUCGUACAUUUUAUUAAGUUUUGUUACUUACUUAAAUAUACAUUAUACUGUUGAUGUUUAUUUAUUUAUAUUAUCUUUUAAUAAUUAUAUUUGUUCAGAUAAGGUCUAAUAAAUGUACCUAGUAUAAAAAGUUAAAAUUCAAUAUUAGUAGAUAGGUACCUUAUCGGUUUGUUAUAAUAUUUCUGUCCGGUCGUCUAGAUGAUUAUAGAAUUUAGAACAUUUCAGAUUGGAAGAAGACAGACGAUUUUUCACACGUAUAAAUAAAUCUAAACGUUAUUUUUUUUUUCUGAGAAUAGUGCCCAACAAUAUGAUAAUUGUAUUACACAAACGUUAUAUUGAAUUAAUAUUGUUUUAUAUAAACUACCGCGGGCUUGUUCCAGUAUUAUACAUAUGUUAAGGUUAAUGUUGUAAAAUCAGUCGUUAUAAUUAUAAACUUUAACCUAUUUUAUGCUGUUCGUUUUAAUAUUGGAGUGCAUUGGCCUAUUACCUAAUUUAAGGGUAAGCAUGUUGUUUGUGUUUGUACGUAGGUUUUUGUCGAUAUUAUAAUUUUUAAUCCAGAUUAGAUGAUUUUUAAUUUGGAAUAUUUCACGUGUUUGUAACUCACUUGAAAAUUAAAACACCGAGAAAAACUAACGUACAAAAACAGACAAUAUGCUUACCUUUAAGUUUGAUUAUAGACUCAUUUACUCUACAGUAUUAAAACUAAAACAGCAUAAAAUCGGUUUUUUUUUUUUACAAAAAGUAUAAAUAAAACGACAUUAACCUAACAUAUAUAUUAUAUAUGAAAUAGUAUAGUUUAAAAAAGUUUAAAGAAAAAUAGAAUAGAAAAAUUAUAUACCUAACCGAGACGAAAAAACCUUACAAUGUUAUCAAUAUUAUAGUAUGUAUUAAAUGAUGUAAUUUUGAUUAUUAUAGCAAUUAAUAUUAUAAAAGUAUACAAUUAAGUGAGAAAAAUACAUGUUUAAAUAAUAAUUGUAAUUAACAAUACAUUUAUUAUUUCCAUUAUUGAUUAAAUAUUGCAGAAAUCAAUUAAUUAGGAGUAAUAUUUAUCAUAAUACAAUAUAAUAUAUUUAUACACAAUACUAGUUUACAUAAUACAAGCAUGCAGAUAAUGCAUCUGAAUGGUAUUAUUGUAAUUUAGUAUAGUAAAAAUUUAACGGGGAAACAAUUAUUGUUAUAAAAAAAAUAAUCUGGACAUUCCACUACGCGUUUGUCACUGUUUUAAAUGUGAUAUUCGAAACGUAGGUAUAGACAUAGCAAAAUAAGUAUAUAGGGUUGGUAAUAUUUAGUUUAUACAAGAGUAACGAUAAAUCAUAACAAUAAAAAAACACAAUCUAAUAUUUCAUAAAUUUGUAUCUAAAAAAAAAAACUACACCCAUCACUAAAUUGAAUUUCCCUUCCCUCUAUUUUGUGUUAUAGAACUUUUCAAAACAAUAAAUAACCGAUCACUAUAAUAAUAUAUAAGAAAAUUAUACUACUUACAAACAAAUUAAGAAAUUUGAAUACACAAAUUAUAAGGGGGGAGUUAAAAAUUGAAACUCCCAAAGUCAUAUCCUUGAUACUAUAACGCUAUGCAUGUACAAAAUUAUAUCCCAUAGAUUAAUAUGGGAGUCUUUAGGAAUAUAUAAAGUUAGGACAACAAUCUCUACCCGCAAUGACAUAGUAAAAUUCAUUGUGAAAUUCUUCCGGAUUUUAAAUAUUUCAAUCCACCUAUAAAACAACUUUAAUUCCCUAGUAUGAGGUGAUUUGGUCCAGAGAAAGUCACUAGUGGUGUGCUAAAGAAACGAGAAUAAGAUAUCUAUUUAUAUAUAUUAUAGACAAAAUACAGUGCAAUAGUUUCUUUUUUCAGAGAAAAUUCAACAAAAAUAAAUCACCAAUCGAAAAAAGUGUUUUUUGAGAAAAAAAGAAUCUAGGGAGUGAAUUGUUAACAUUUCAUCAAAUGUUUCAAAUAAAGUACAUCAUGCAGGAACUUCCGCAUCUUUUAAAAUUUUACGCGAAAAUAUUUGAACAGUUCGUUUGCCGAAAAAUUGUUUUCCGAAAAAAAAACACAUCUUAUUAGUAAAAAAAUAUAUAUAUAUAUAAUUCCAUAAUUAAUUUUAAUAUUAUUCGGCUUUAGAAUGCAUAUUCACUAUCAUGUUUUUUUUUCUUUUUUCUAGCCAUGAGAUUAUUUGUUCUUUGAUUCUUUUAUAAGUACCUAUAAUUACGAAUAGGUACAUUCAUAAUUGUAAUUGGUUUAUAGAUUUUCGUAGCUAAAACAAAUUAAAUUAAUCAUAUUGUAUUAUACACGUAUACACUUAAAUUUAUAAAUCACUUGUACAUUUAAUUAGAUAGGGAUGUAGGUAUAUUGAUUAGAGAUCAAACAAUAGUUCAUGUAUACAGGGUAAUCAAUAAACCGUCGAUUUUAUCGAAGGAUUUUAAGUGGAUUCGUUUAUACGUCUUUUUUCAAUCAUUAUGGAAUAAGCUUUAUUUUAACAUUGUUUUAAAUGUUGUACCUUUUUAAAUCAAAAUACACUUGAUUUUCAAAUAUGAACUGCCCAUUUCAAACACAGAUUCCCAGGAAGAUAAUAAAUUAAUCAUAUCCAAUAUUUUGGACAAUACAUUGGUAAUAUUAUAUUAAGCCUCCGGUCUAAAAUUUUAACACUAAAUAGUGUUAUUCGUAUUAAUAUUUCCCAUUCGAAUGCAUGUUUAAACGGGGUUACUAUAUACGAAAAUCAUUAGUGUUAAAAUAAACCUUAAACGAUUUAAUAUAAUGAUUGAAAUAAAAAACAGAAAACGAAUUAGUUUAAAAUCCUCCAAUCAAGUUGCUGGUUCAUGAUAAAUGGCUUAUCCUGUAUAAUUAUAGUGCACAUCUUAUGUGCGCAAUAGAUGGGAAAAUAUUAUGAUAUCAGGUAAGUAAUUAAUAGAGCUAGGAUUUUAAGGUAGGAAUAUAAAACAGUUACAUAUUUUUUACAGUGAUAAUAAAUAAAUAUAAAUACAAUAAAUAGUAUUAAUCGAGGUGAGUGAUGAAUUCAAUUAAACAAUUUUUUUUAAUUGUGUUUUACUUAAGAAUACUCGUAAUAUUUUAAUUCCUCAGGAAUACUAUUUUAUACUCAUUUAUUGAAUUUGAAUACUCAUGAAUUUUAUACUCAUAGUUUCCAUUAGUUCCGAUUUUUCUCCCGUAUGUUUUGACAAUUUUUUUUUUUUUUACUAUUGUUGAUAUUUUCUGUCAAUUUAUCGGCAGGAAUACUGCUAAUACCUAUAAAAGCGUUAAUGAAAUAAUAUUCCGUUAUCCGAAAAUCACAUAUAACGUGACGAGCUGUAGUUGGCGUACACAUGUUUUGUGAUUUCUCUUAUGUAUCUGUUUUUAGGGUCAUUGGAAUGUCUAAAAAGUAUAUUUUUAUUUUAUAUAUUUUAUUUCUUAUAUAAGUUAUAAUACUGCUUAAGAGUAUAUCCAUAAUAUUUAUGAUAAUGAAAUUGAUUAUAUAAGUAAUUUUCACGAAACUAUUCAACAAAUUUUUCAAAACAAUUUUUUACACCAUAUUAUUAAAUACAUUCUGCACUCCAUACGCACAAAAAUAAUACUAAAAUAAAAUGUAGGUUCAACAAUUUAAGUAUUUUGAAUAUAGUAUAACGUUAGUUUAAUAACGUGACAUUAGUAUAAAUAAUAAAGAAAUAUUUAAUUAUUUGUAAACAAAAAUAAACAGAAAGACGUAUACAAUUGCAUUUAAUGCCAUUAAAAAACUCAAAAUAAAUGUAUAAUGUUAAAUAAUAUUGCUAAUAUAACGAUUACUUGAACUUGAGACAGAAAUACUCCUUUAAUAAUGUACAUUUAAAUUAUUGUUACAGACUUUGCAAUCACAUAUUUUUUUUUGUUUAUGUACCUACAACAAAAAAUGUAGCUACUAUAAAAAUAAUAAUAACUCUUUUUAUCUAUAUAAAAUUCCUGACUCAAAAACGAGAAUGCAAAUAUUAUUAUGCUUACGGUCGGUGAAAUUAUUAUAAUAUAUAGGUACCUAUGUAAAAAUAAUUUGGCUAUAUCUGAUCGCAAUCGCAUUGCGCAUACCGGUGCUUACACAUACAAUAAUUUAUUAAUAACAUCCCGAGUUCAGGAUUACGUAGUUUACAAUUUCAUCUUAUUGUUGCUAACUGCUUUUCAUAAUAUUGUACUAUUAAGAAGUAAAAAGCUGAUACUGGAGAUGAGAGCGGCCACUGUUGUAGGUGAGAAGUUGGGAAAGUAGGAUACAUAAGGUUAUUUCAUUUAUAUCUGUAACCAACGAUAAGACAUUGCUUGACGAAAGACGAUUGCAAGCGCAGUUCGGUAAUACAUAAUUUGAAGUGCUGUAAUUUUUUUUGCGAUUUCCGUUCAAAUUUGAUUUCAAAACGCUAAUUAAAAAAAAAAAAGUGAUCUGAUUAUUUUGGAAAUUUUACCAUUUCUAGGCAAGUCCAAUAUAAGUAUUAUUACUAAAUUUUAAGUCUUUACAUAAAUUUAUAACCAAAUUACAGCAAAAAACUCCCAAAAAUUAAAAUUUCUUAAAAGCUUAAAAGUGAUUAAAAAGUUUUGGCAAUAAUACCGUAAGAAAGUAAAUCAAAAAGUCAACAAAAAAGGUAUUUGUAGUUUUUCAAUUAAAUCAUUUUUUCUGGUAGAAAACGUCGUCAAUGUUUUUAUAAAAUAAUGAUAUCGUGGAAUUGUAUGUUUUUCUACGUUUUUUCCCACUUAAAUGCUUUUAUUUAAAAAAUUGUGUCGAAAAUCAAAAAAUGACCUCUCUAGUAGUAGUAUAGUAUAAUUAAGACAACGAAAAAAUAUAUCCACAGACUAGAACAAAGAAAAAGAAGAAAAAAUAAACAGCAUUGUAAAACCAAUAGCUCUUUCGCUACGCUUGGAAUCUAAAAAAUAAAAUAAUUCCGAACUUUAAUAUACCUAUAUAAUAAUACUACUACGUACUACUUUGAACCAGAAACGCAUUUGGGGAGAGUAGAGUAUGCAAUUGCACCCCUUACUUUUAAAAUAGUCCCAAAUAGUCUGUAGAAAUAAUGCACCAUUUUUAUAUACUUAAUUAAAAUAAAACUAUAUUUUUUUUUGUUAAUAAUAUUGGUAUUUUACUGGCAAUAAACAAAUAUCAUGUAAUUUUGUUAUCAAGUAAUUGAGUAAGCAAUAAAUGUAUAGUGUAUUUUGUAAUCUACCGAACAUACCUGAUACCUACAAAAUACAGGUAUAGAUAAGGAACCUAGUCUAAUCAUACUGUCAAAAGUUGGAUAACUUCGCUGUUGAACGGUUAACGGUCGCUUUUAAGGAAACAUUAAAAAUUGGCAUCAAAUGAAAGACUUUUUCAUUGUUUAAAAAUAUAAAAUCAUAUUUACGCACUUCCGUGAGUUAUGAUUAAAAGCUAAAUGAUGAUAUAAUUUAUGGUGAUAAAUUUUGAAAUAGAAAAAGUCUUCAAUAAUAUCGAUUUAGAAAAAUCUGUUGAUGUAUUUGUUGGACUUAAAAAAAUACUGGUAUCCUUUUAUAUAAAUACAAUUUAUUUAUUUUUUUUAAACGUUCUGAAUGUACAAAAGUUAUGGAUACGUAACAAUUAAUAAUAAUGUGAUUUACUUUAUUUCUUUUUUCACUGUAUUUAUUAUCGUCAAUGUUUGUGCGCGUUACUUAUUGGUUUUCACAGGUAAAGUAUCAAUUACCUAUUUAUUAUUUUUUAGAUUUUAAAUAGCUUUUUACUAUUUGUGUUUGUUGUCAUUCAUAAUUUAUUGAAAUAAUUAAAAUCAGGAUAAUAUACACAGGUAUGUGUGUAUAUUUUUAUAUUGCCUGGUGAAAUAUUUAAAACGGUCUGCUUAAAACCACGCACACCCGAAAACUGAAAUGACGCCCUUGCCUUGAACUCCGAGUAGAUACUAUUACUAUACAAGUAGAUUGUUGAACGUCUUUUUCUCACUACUUAUUUCAGCGUCUGCCUUAUGGACCAAUAGAGCUCAAACUCGGGAAUUAGAAUUGUUUUAUAGGCGUAUUGAAGUGAUAAUAUUUUGGUUGAAUUGUACUAUGAAAUUCACCAUGUCGUUGCACCAUGAGAUGCUAUUUCAUAUAGAACAUAAUAUAUAUGCAAUAUGCAUGGUAUAUGUAUAAUGUAUAUAUGGAUGUUUCUUUUGAUAAUUUUAACUUUCAACGACUUCUCGAACUAUUUGUACAUUCGUAUUUCAUGGUUUCACAGGAAAUAUCGGAUUUUAUCCCCAAUCGUAAAGAGUAAAACGUAGAUAAUAGAACUGUGACAACAAUAACUAUGUUAGAUUAAUUAUACACAAAAAAAAAAGGUAUCUCGUAAUUUUUUGAUUAAAGCAAGAUUUUCCGUAGAAAACAUAAAUCGUACAAAAUAAAAUAAUGAAAUCAAUAAAGCCAUGUCACGCGUUUUUAGAUACUAGAUACGUUUUUAUCCAUACUAGAUCAAAAAUGCAACAAAUAUUGUCUAUUGACAUUUUUUGAUAGAAAAAUGGUUUACAGACAAAAAAAAGUAUAUUAUUUAAAACAAAAACAUACGCAUUAUAGUAAAACCAAUACACUCGUCACUUCGCUCAGAAUCCGAAAAUUGAAAUAAUGUGACGGUGAUAACUUAUUGUCACCGUCAUAGGUAGGGAGGGGGGGGGGGAAUUCGACUCCUCUAGUGACGGAGCUCUGCUCCUCGCGAACGUUUUCAUGUGGACGAUUUGACGAAUAACAUAUUAUAUCAUUAUAAUACCUACUUACAUAUUUAUGUACUUCUAUUAUAUGAUAGACUUGUACAUUCUAUUUGUUUUUUUUCCAGCUCAUCGUCACGAUCAAUGCUAAAAACGCCCACGAUUAAUAUCCGGAUAAUGAUGAUGAUCGUGUGGCGCAUAAUACACAUUAAACAUAUUGUUAUUCAUUGUAAAUUAUUAUAUUGUUUUAGAAAAUGUUUGUACUUUUCGUAUACGUUUCACGAGGAAAAUAUACAGUAAGAGUAUGUUAUGACUGUUAUGAGUUAUGACGAUUUUUUUUGAAUAAUUUACCUAAAUACAUAUCUCAUUGUAUAAGAUAAUAACCCACGUAAAAUCAAUAUUAUCAUAGAUUCAAAUGUAAAAUACAUAUUUAUAACAUGGGUAUAUUUGAAUCCAUUAUCUGAAUAAUAUUCAUAUUUUGAUCCGGUACUUAUGUAAUAAAUUUUUAUAAUGUAUACGCGU